AUGUCACCUUGGAUAGGCAACACGUUUGAUAACUUUACACUGAAAUGUCCAGACGGAAGCAAGUGGAGAAUCAGUGAAAAAAUCAGCGAAAAAUCAGUCGAAUUUCAUGCGUAUAGUAACUCCGGUGAAUUAUACGCAGAAGCUCAAGCAGUAUAUCUAUGUCGGCAAAUUAUAGGUCCGCAUGUUGGCAUGGAGGCCAUCGUGAAAGUUCGGAUGCAGGUGCCUACCAAGCAUUCAUCUAAACCUUAUGCACAGGGGCUGGCCUAUCCCACAGCUACAGAAAUAUCAACGUUACAGUAUUUUACUGAAAAGGGUUGUUCUGUGGUCCCGCGUCUUCUUCAUUGCUUGGUCUACUCCCAGGAUCCAAAUAUGCCUAUACCCGGAGGUUAUAUGGCUAUAUUGGUUAUGGAGAAAUGCCCUGGGGUUGUGCUUUCUGAUUUCUGGAGUUUUGAGGAAUCAAAAAAGGAGAAAAUACGAAAAGCUUUUCUAAGAGAUUUCAGUUGGUUCAUCGAUCAUGAACAAACAUUUAUAUUCGAGGAGAGAGAAAUAGAACCAUAUAAAGCUGACAGGCGUGACCUUGAGGAAUGGGACCUUGAGAAGUUCAAGCGUAUUGAUUUUCAGGCGCUCGUGAAUGGCGCUGCAGAGGCUACGUGGGAUUAG